AAUUGCCCAACUUUCCCAAAACGAUUUACACUUUGUUGGCCCGCAAUGUGAUUCACUGAUUUCAAAAGUCGUCGAAAGCGCCGUUGCUCUGGCUCAAAUCUCCAUGAAUGGCAGUAAAUGGGACCAUAAUAAUGGACCUCUGAGUUAUCUGACGGCCCCAGCUGUUCCUUUCCCCACACCCACGUGAGAUUCUAUCCCUGUCAAGAAGAUAUGCCACUGCCAUUGUUUACUCUACCAGCAAUCCCACCCACCCAAUUCUCUCCUCUCUCUCUUUUUCAGUAGAGAAGUAGGGGGAAGAAAACGAAAGAUACCCAGAAAAGAAAAAAGAAAUAACAUUGACAUGAGAAUCUGAAUACAAUGCCACCCUCGUCCUACUUCUUUGUUAUCCUUAUCUUCUGCAUCUCAACUGCUGCUUUGGCGGGUGACCCUUAUGUGUUCUUUGAUUGGACUGUCUCCUACAUCACUUCCUCCCCACUUGGAGUUAAACAACGGGUGAUUGGGAUUAAUGAGCAAUUUCCGGGACCAAUUCUCAAUGUCACUACAAAUUGGAAUGUUGUUGUCAAUGUCAAGAAUGACCUUGAUGAACCAUUGCUUCUCACAUGGAAUGGCAUACAACAUAGGAAGAACUCUUGGCAAGAUGGUGUUUCAGGGACCAAUUGUCCAAUUCCUUCUGGUUGGAAUUGGACAUAUCAGUUUCAGGUCAAAGAUCAGAUUGGGAGCUUCUUUUACUUCCCUUCCCUAGGCUUCCAAAGAGCUGCAGGUGGAUAUGGAGGAAUCAUCAUAAACAACAGAGAAGUGAUUGCAUUACCGUUCGGGAUGCCAGAUGGAGAUAUUACAAUCUUCAUUAGUGACUGGUAUACUAAGAGUCACAAGGAACUAAGGGAGGAUGUUGAAAAAGGAAUCGACCUUGGAGUUCCCGACGGUAUCCUUAUAAAUGGACUGGGUCCCUAUCGCUUUGAUGAGGUGGUUGUUCCAGAUGGUAUUGCUUACCAGAUAAUAAAUGUUGAACCAGGAAAAACAUACCGCCUCAGGGUGCACAAUGUUGGUAUUUCAACUAGCUUGAAUUUCAGAAUACAAGAUCAUAACUUAAUUCUUGUGGAGACUGAAGGAUCUUACACAGUUCAGCAGAACUACACAAACAUGGAUAUUCACGUGGGUCAGUCAUACUCAUUCUUGGUCACAAUGGAUCAAAAUGCUAACCAUGACUACUACAUUGUCGCAACUUCUCGGUUUGUCAAUUCAUCUGCUUGGGUUAGAGCUACUGGAGUUGCCAUCUUGCGCUACUCCAAUUCUCUAGGACCUGCUUCAGGUCCUCUUCCUGAUCUUCCUAAUGAAUACGACCCUUAUUUCUCAAUGAAUCAAGCAAGAUCCAUAAGAUGGAACGUAUCUGCUGGUGCUGCUCGUCCAAACCCACAGGGAUCUUUCAGAUAUGGUCAAAUUACUGUCACAGAUGUAUAUGUGAUCCUCAAUAGACCUCCAGAGCUUAUACAUGGGAAGUGGCGUACUACCCUCAAUGGUAUUUCAUACUUACCACCUUCAACACCCCUGAAGCUUGCCCACCAGUUCAACAUUCCAGGGGUGUACAAGUUAGAUUUCCCAAAUAGAUUGAUGAACAGACCUCCCAAAGUUGAUACAUCUCUAAUUAAUGGUACUUUCAAAGGAUUUAUGGAAAUCAUCUUUCAAAACAAUGAUACCACUGUCCAGAGCUACCACAUGGAUGGCUAUGCAUUCUUUGUUGUGGGUAUGGAUUUUGGAGUGUGGGCGGAGAAUAGCAGAGGCACUUAUAACAAAUGGGAUGGCGUUGCUCGCUCCACUAUACAGGUCUUUCCUGGAGCUUGGACAGCCAUUCUAAUUUCUCUUGACAAUGCUGGCAUUUGGAACCUUCGUGCGGAGAAUCUCAACUCAUGGUAUCUGGGACAGGAAGUUUAUGUGAGCGUUUUAAACCCAGAGAAUGACAACACUGAGGUUGCUUUGCCUGAGAAUACCAUAUAUUGUGGCUUGCUUUCAUCCUUACAAAAUGAUCAGGCUCAGAGAGUCAAGUUCUCCGGUGCACCGUCUUUAUCCUAUUCACGCAGAGGAAUAUUGGUCAUAUUAUUGAUAGCUUUAGUUGUAAUUUCCAUCAGGUAAUCAAGUAGUGACUGUAUGAUAAGCAAGCUUUAUGUGUCAAGUAAUUGAAAAAAUAUUUGAUUGGUAGUUUGAGGAAAUAGUGGAAUGCAACAUAUACGGGUUUUGUCUGUUUCCAUGGGAAAAGAAAAUGAGUAUAAGGAGUGUAGAAUAUUCCUCGAUGAAAGCAUGUAACAUUGUAACUGUACCGUGUAUCAUUGUAGUUUAAACACAACGUUUUGUUUAGUAAGUA